AUGGAGGACAGUGCGGAGGGCGGCACGGCGCGCGUGAAGCAGGAGCCCGGGUCGGGGUCGGGUACUGACCGCGAUACAUCUUUUAGAGACCUGCUUGCUACUGUUUGCAAGGCUGAACCCCUGGAGCCUGGCUCCUGCGGGCCGGAUGCAUUGGGUGUCGGCGGGCCAGAUUGGAACACGUCGCAGGCCGGAUUUGGCCCGCAGGCUGGGCUAUACACAUUGACUAAAAGUCCCGAAGUUGGUCUGGUGGAAGACUCUAGAGCUAGACUGACCCGACAUUAUACCGAAGACAUCCCGGACAUCAGCCUGUACGAGAUUAGAAUGGCUCUCAAACAGCUCAAAAACAACAAGGCACCCGGUGAAGACGGAAUCACAGCCGAACUUCUGAAGGCGGGUGGUAAACCGGUCCUUAUGGCCCUUCAGAAGUUGUUCGACUCCGUCUUACUCGAAGGGAGAACGCCUAAGGCAUGGAACAGAGGUGUGGUGGUGUUGUUCUUCAAAAAGGGUGACAAUGCCCUACUCAAGAACUACCGACCCAUCUCACUUCUGAGCCAUGUCUAUAAACUGUUUUCAAGAGUCAUUACGAAUCGUCUCGCACGCAGGCUAGAUAACUUCCAGCCUCCUGAGCAAGCCGGUUUCCGAAGAGGCUUUAGUACCGUAGACCACAUCCAUACGCUCCGUCAGGUAAUACAGAAGACUGAGGAGUAUAACCUGCCUCUCUGCUUAGCGUUUGUGGACUACGAGAAAGCCUUCGAUUCGAUCGAAACCUGGGCUGUACUACAAUCUCUCCAAAGGUGCCAAGUGGAUUACCGCUAUAUCGAAGUGCUGAAGUGUUUGUACGAGAACGCCACUAUGUCAGUCCGACUCCAGGACCGGAACUCGAAACCUAUUCCGUUGCAGCGGGGAGUCAGGCAAGGGGAUGUUAUUUCUCCUAAACUGUUUACCGCUGCAUUGGAGGAUGUUUUCAAGACUUUGGACUGGAGAAGGCUUGGCAUCAACAUAAACGGCGAGUACAUCACUCACCUUCGGUUUGCGGACGAUAUAGUAAUCUUGGCUGAGACUACGGAGGAUUUGAGUAUGAUGCUCGAUGACCUCAAUAACAUGUCUCAUACCAAAUUAAAUUUAAAAUACAUUGUUUUAGUAACUGUGAAGGAGGAAGCAGAAUUCGUGUAUGAAGGGGCGUGUGUGAAGGAGGAGUGCGAAGACAGCACAGACGGGUGCGGCGUGAGCGAGGCAGCCAUGCUGGCCGGCCUGUACGAUGAACAUGAAGUCAAGGAGGAGCUCGUGCUGGGACCGGAGCGCCCGUACCACUCCAUAGUCGCCCCAGUGUUGAGAGCACCAGUUGUGGUGUCUGGUCGGCGCCGCUCGUGCUCGGUCAGGCUGGAGUGCCUGCUGGUGGACGCGGAGCGGCGCACCUGCCGGGUCGGGCGCCGCACAUACAAGCUGCACGCCACCGAGCCCGCACCCACACCCCAUGUCACCACCGCCAUCAAUCAAUGUCACCAUUGCGGCAAACGGUUCAGGAACAAGUCGGUUUUGAAGAAACACAUACGCACUCACUUGUUGUCAGGGCCGUCGAGUAAUUCGACCGGAGAGAACAUUGCUUUAGAUCGUCUACAAAUGUCGAGUAAGGAUAGAAAACCUUAUAAAUUCACCUUAUAUAGCACUUGUGAGUACAUGAGUAAUAAGAAAGGAAAUUUACGGGAUCAUCAGCUGAUACACACCGGUGACAAACCUUUUCAAUGUAGGUACUGUGAUCACAAGUCCUAUAGAAAAGGCGACGUACGAAGACACGAGAUGACACACACUGGUGAAAAGCCUUUCAACUGUAACUACUGUGACUACAAGUGCAUUGUGAAAGCAACGUUACGGGAACACCUUAUUACUCACACUGGUGAAAAGCCGUUCAAGUGUAGGUACUGUGAGCACAGAGCCCGUGAUCGACAAAAAUUACGAACUCACGAGAUGACACACACUGAUGAUAAACAAUUUAAAUGUAGCUCCUGCGAUUACCAGAGCAAUUUUAAAUUUCAUUUACAGAGGCACCUCAUGAUCCAUAAUAAUAGUGAAAAGCCUCACGAGUGUCGGUACUGUGACUACAGGAGCCGUCGUAGAGAUAUCUUACGAAGACACGAGAUCAUACACACUGGUGACAAACCCUUCAAAUGUAACUACUGUGAGUACAAGUGUACGCGAAAUACAAACUUAUUGGAGCACUUGAUGAUUCACACUGGCGAGAAGCCUUUCAAGUGUCGGUACUGUGACUACAGGAGCCGUCGUAGAGGAAACUUACGGGCUCACGAGAUGACACACACUGGAAAAAAGCCUCUUGACUGUGGUAACUGUGACUUCAAGUGCAAAAGCAAAACAGAGCUACGACGUCAUCAAAUGAUUCACACUGGCGACAAGCCUUUCAAGUGUAGUUACUGUGACCACAGAACCCGUGAUCGACGAAAAUUACGAACUCACGAGAUGACACACACUGAUGAUAAACCAUUUAAAUGUAGCUCCUGCGAUUACCAGAGCAAUUUUAAAUGUCAUUUACAGAGGCACCUCAUGAUCCAUAAUAAUAGUGAAAAGCCUCACAAGUGUCGGUACUGUGACUACAGGAGCCGUCGUAGAGGUGACUUACGAAGACACGAGAUCAUACACACUGGUGACAAGCCCUUCAAAUGUAACUACUGUGAGUACAAGUGUACGCGAAAAUCAAACUUAUUGGAGCACGUGAUGAUUCACACUGGCGAGAAGCCAUUCAUGUGUCGGUACUGUGACUAUAGGAGCCGUCGUAGAGGAAACUUAGAAAACCACGAGCUGACACACACUGGAAAAAACGACGUGUGAUACGCGAUGAAUCAUAGAAGGGAGAGUUGAAGCAAAGAGGAAGAAGGGGAGGCCAAGAAGAGCGUAUAUGGAUCAAGUAAAGUUAAAGCUCAACGUCGUGUCGUAUCAGGAUGUCACAGAGGAGGCAGAGGAGCGACAUGCAUGGAAACUGCUCCACCCUCCACCGACGAGAAUCUUACUCUUAAAUAUAUGAUGCUGAUCAGAGGAGUUCGAGACCACACACGUGACCAGCCCCGUGAGGGAUGCGCUCAUAAAGUUAACUUUUAGGUAAAUACUCACUAUACGAAAUAUAUGUUUUUCUAUUCUUGUAUUAAGAAUCCCGUAAAGCCGCGUCUCGAUAUCGCGCGGUGGCCGCGCGAGCAUUGUUCGACCGCGCCAAACUUGUAUUAUGGCUCGCGAGCCAAUUUUGGCACCAUCUUGAUCCAACGAUCGACCACAUUAUAUCACAAAAAUAAAUUAUUCGGAACGAAGUAUGGCCAAAUAGAAAAAUGAUCUGUUGCGAUAAUCACUACAUUUACUGUUCCAUAGAAACUGUUUAGUGCCGUAUAAUUUAAUUAAAGUACGACACUUUUCAUUAUCCAUGUAUGCGGCCGCGCGAGCCAACUGAAAUACAUACACAUCCGUCCCAACUGCGCGCGAACAUUCCUUUGCCGCGCGUCGAAAACCCGGCAAUGAAUGGUUCGUCGCGCGGCGCGUUCAACGCGCAAUGUUCGAUAGUUUGCCGGGCGAUAUGGAGACGGAGCUUAAGAAAACUAUUGUUACCUACUAAUGUUCUUUUUAAAUGUUAAUUCCAUAAUUUCUUAUUUAAUCUUAAUACCUUUCCAAUUAGCUGACCAAGGGCGGGAUUAAAUCCAGCAAGCUGUACCCGCACCUUUUUCAUUACACAAUCAAAUUGUUGCACAAUGUUUAUUUAAAUACUUACAUACUAUUUAUACCUAAUAUGGGCUAGUUAGCUUAUAACUAAGAACACCUGUAAAAAAUAAUGAAAUAAAUGCAUUUGUAUGAUGAUGAUGAUAGGCAUUAUAUGAGCGCGGAAAGUUGACGCGGGCGGCUCUCUCGCCGGGCACGGGCACACAACAUGUCGCUAAACUAAGAUUUUAACUUUUAAUUUGUCUUAAAUUAUUUCAUUUCUAAGAUAACUCCAGUAUUCAAAUUAAAGAAAUUGUUUUUUUAAUACAGUUAGACCAAGAUAAGUCUGCAGGGAUUGCAGCGUGUUAUUUAUACUUCAUAAUUUCAUAGAAGUUUGACGUUUAAAAUAAUACCUGGACAGUCUGGGUUAUCAAAAUCGUUGCAGAGUUAUCUUGGUGGUUAUCUCUAGCAUAGUACAUGGUUUUAGCGAGGAACUAUUCGGAAAUUGAACUAAACUAGAAAUUGUUUUUAUUAAUUUAUUUCAGUUUUGUAGGCUCUUAAAAAAAGAACAUCAGUUCCAAAUUUUCGCUGUCUUUAUUAUGAGCAUAAGAGCUAACGUCAACACCCCAAUAAUCGACAUUAUUCAACACCUUGCUGUCAACUUUAUUGCUAGGACUUUAUGAUUGAAAAUGCGGAU